AGUCGAACAAGAAUAAAUUAGCUGCUACUCAAGGAAAGGUUAACGUUUGCUCACAUAGUGUGAUAUAAUAAUAACAAAGGGAAUAUGUCUUUUCUAGACAGGUGUAUGAGCUGAGUCAAAAUGGCAGAGCUGACAACUCUAGAGAGCCUACUGGAAAUGGGCUUUGACAGAAACAGAGCGGAGAAGGCUGUGGCCAAUACAGGGAACCAGGGAAUAGAGCAGGCAAUGGACUGGUUAAUGGAACAUGAGAAUGACCCAGACAUUGACGAGCCCUAUGUGCCUCCUGUGGGGAGUGUUUUGGGGGAAACAGCAGACAGCCAGGCCAGUUCAGACCUGCCAACAAUAGAGGGCACUCUGGAAGGAGUAGGAGAUGGAGACAUGAGCAACUUUAUCAAUGAGCAAGCUUUAAAGCAGCCAAUGACAGAGGAGGAGAGACGCGAACAAGUCAAAAGGCUAGAAGAGCUGAUGCGUGUAAAGCAGGCAGAGAGAAGAGAGCGUGAGCGAGCAGAAGAGGUGGAGAGGGAGAAGCACCGGAGGAAGCAGGGCCAAGAGCUGCAGCAGAUGCGCCAAAAGCUGCAAGAUGAUGAGAUGAAAAAACUUGCUGAUGCACGCAGGAAAGAGAAGAUGGAGGAUAAAAUGGCUAGACAAAGGGUUAAAGAUAAGAUUGCCCGAGACCGAGAGGAAAGAGCACAGAAGUUUGGAGGUGGAGCACCCACAAGCACGGCUGCCUCAUCCCAGCCUGCCCCAACAAGCCCCUCAUCACCCACCAGUCAGGGCCCUCCACCUACUAAAAAGGAGUAUGAUGAGUCCAGAAUACAGGUCCGUCUGCUGGACGGCUCCACCAUCACAACCGUCUUCAAGGCCCAGGAGCCGCUGGCAGCAGUGCGCGUAUACGUGCAAAUGAACGGUAACACACCUGAAGGUCAGGACUUCACGCUACUGUCACCCUACCCCCGUCACGUCUACACUGAACUGGACAUGGAGAAGCCCCUCAAAGAGCUAGGUUUGGUGCCUUCAGCUGUGCUGGUUGUUACCAAGAAGUAAGAACAGGACGAUGUGCUCUGUGAGCCUACCUCACCACUUCCACUACAUCCACACCAGACACCUGAAACAAACUGGUCCAGGAAAAGAGCUGCCAUCUGUUAGUAUCACUCAAUAAUACAACUAAAGUAACUAAAACAGAGAUGUAUUGUAAGGCUGCAUUCAGAGAUGUCGGAGUUCUUAAAAUGUAGAUACGAAGAAAAAUUUGGUCCCUGAAUGCAGCCUCCUGCUGGUCCUGUGGGUUAGUGCGCACAUUGAACUGGACAGUGAUCAGAGCGCAUAUAGCCUGCUUCUGACCGAUACUUCAACAACACACAGAACAAAACCAUUCAGUUUUAACUUCAUCCUUACAGCACUACACAAGACCUACUUAAGUGGUUCUGAAAGGGCCUUAAAUUUAAUCCUCAUGAUCUUCCCGAUUUUGUGACAUUACUUUUGACAUUUUUUUUAAAUAAGUUUAGAUAUAUUGACAGUUGUGUCUACAU